UGUCCGCCAUUGAGUAACACGAUCUCGGAUAGAAACGGGUCAGAGGCAGUGACACAGACGACUCUCAUGUUUCUCCAUUCCUCGUGCUCUGAAGUUUGACGGUUACCGUUUUUUAACAACGUAUUUUUACAGUCCGUUUACACUGCUGUUUUCUUUUUUUGUCCCGAGAUACGUUUGAUGGACUCGCACGGGAUAUUUUAGCAGCGUUUAGUGUUCCCGUUAGCGGGUUAAGCGAACCGAGCCUGGCUCUGCUUUGGGGGCAAGUGCGCCUGCAGCAGCUCAGCGGUUGAUGGAUCCUAGAAUUGCCUGGUUUCAGCCAGAACAGCGGGGACCUGCCAACAACCUGUGGAUGCACAUCUGGGAUACGACGCAGACGCUGGGAAACCUCUACUUCAACAGCAACUGCAACACAGCCAGCGCCAAACUGACGAGCGGCGGAGGCGACGGUGCGUCGAGCAACGCUGUCGCCAGCAGCGGAAAGCCCAGAGACCACCAAGGGAUGUCUAGAUCCAAACCUGACAGUGAAGUCUCCGAACAGCUAGACUUCAUCCCUCUGGAAGCCAAUAACAACAAUAACAGCAGCAGGACAGGCAGGGGUGUCGGCGGAGGAGGGCAGGUGGGUGGCAGCAGGGUCGCGGGAGUGGGAACCGAGUUGCCAAGCAAGAGGAAAAGAGACAACAAGGCGAGCACCUUUGGCUUUAACAGGAGUCUGCUGCUGACGGAUGGGGCGGAGGACAUUUACACGGGCACACCGUGGAAAAGCAGAAACUACUCGGAAGGCGUUGUGGGCCUGCAUGAGGAGAUAAAGGACUUUUAUGAGUAUAUUUCUCCUCGUCCAGAGGAGGAGCAGAUGAGGCUAGAGGUGGUGGCCAGGAUCCAAGGAGUCAUCAAGGACUUGUGGCCCAAUGCCAAGGUUGAAGUGUUUGGCAGCUUUAGCACAGGCUUGUAUUUACCUACAAGUGAUAUAGACUUGGUGGUAUUUGGUCACUGGGAGACUUUACCUCUCUGGACUCUGGAAGAGGCGCUGCGCAAGAGAAAAAUUGCAGAUGAGAACUCUGUCAAAGUCCUGGACAAAGCAACGGUUCCCAUCAUUAAACUGACAGACUUGCACACAGAGGUAAAAGUGGACAUCAGCUUUAACGUACAGAAUGGUGUUAAAGCCGCGAAACUUAUCAGGGACUUCAAACAGCAAUUUCCUGUAUUACCGUACCUGGUGCUGGUUUUGAAGCAGUUUUUACUGCAGAGAGACCUGAAUGAGGUGUUUACGGGAGGAAUCGGAUCAUACAGUCUGUUCCUCAUGGUUGUCAGCUUCUUACAGCUGCACUAUAGAGAAGACGCGUGUAGUUCAAACCCAAACCUGGGUGUACUGUUGAUUGAGUUUUUCGAGCUAUACGGACGGCAUUUUAACUACCUGAAGACGGGGAUCAGGAUCAAAGAUGGUGGCUCAUACUUGGCCAAGGAUGAAGUGCAGAAAGGCAUGCUGGAUGGGUACAGACCCUCUAUGCUUUACAUUGAGGAUCCUUUGCAGCCAGGAAAUGAUGUAGGGCGAAGUUCAUAUGGGGCGAUGCAGGUGAAAGAGGCUUUUGAUUAUGCUUACGUUGUCUUAAAUCACGCUGUGUCCCCAAUUGCCAAGCACUACCCCAACAACAAGUCAGAGAGUAUUCUCGGUCGAAUAAUCCGUGUCACACAGGAAGUAGCAGAGUACCGUGACUGGAUCAGUGUGCAGUGGGGCCAGCGGAGCAACAAUGAGCCGAUCCUCAGUUGUAAUGUAAAUGAUGUCACGCGGAGAGUUGAGUCUGAGGAGCUUGAUGAGUGUAAUAAUAACUUCCCAGAAGAUAGUGCAGUGCUUCCUGCUGUUCCCCGGAGCAAAGUGUCAUCAAACUCUUCCUCUCCUUCCCCCUCUUCCCCUUCAUCGCCAUCAUUAUCAUCGCCAUCUUCAGCAGCCUCUAGCUCAAGUGAAGCGGACUCUGAUGGAACGCCCUGUAAGACUUCAAAAGCUUUGGGUCGGGCCUCUAACACUUACAAUGAGAAUACAGAAAGGAAUCUGUCCAAUCACAGAUCACAAAAUCAUUCAACAACAGUGCCCACCCCCACUAAUAAGGGCAACAAGAGCCGACAGCUUGCUAACAAAAGUGCUCAAGGGCCACACAACAACCCCAACAAGAUCCAGCAAAACAGCAAGUCCCAAAAACCUAGCAUGAAGAAGAGGAAACCUCAGCGUGAGGUAGCGCGUGAGGACUUGUGCAGAUAGGGGGAGCUGUUCUUGCAGACUCACACCUGCUCUUAAUGUGUCUGACCACAGAAGGGUGCUGCUGGUAUCAUUAAUCUCUCCUGUCCCACUGUUAAAGGGAUGCGUGUGACUUUGUAGCUGGAAAAGGAAAAGAGGAAAAAAAAAAAGAUUUAUUAAAGUGGGGCGUAGGCCAUGGGAUUUAAAUCAUGUGGGAGAGGCUAGGCCUGAUCUGUAUUGGCUUCUGUACAAUUUGGGAGCUGCACUGCUCUCCUGGAGAUGUGGAGGACCAGAGAAUGUAGGAGAGAGAAUUCAACUCGAGCAAUACCUGAAACCCUGGACUUUUGCCUCACUGAGGACAGCUGAAGGAAAAUAAAAAGGACUCGAAUUACAAAAAAAAAAAAGGGUUAUAUUGAAAGUGUAAAGAUUUUUAAAUGUUUAAAAAAAAUUGUAAAAUGUAAUUAGUACAAGAGAAAUUAUGCAUGUUUUUUCUUUUCUUUCUUUUUUUUUUCUUUUUUUUGAAGAGUGGUUCUUUUUUGUCAUGAAUGCAGAUUAUACAACUAUUUGUACAAGAAAAAAAAAAGACACAAAAAAAAACACCAAAUAUCCCAAAAAUAUUAUCCAACAUGGAAAUGGUUUCAUAAUAGUUUUAUAGUAUUGUUUAUUUUUUGCCAUGCUGCAGACAUACACACAUUAACCAGAAAAGAGCUCUUCAUGGCUAUGUACGGGUUUAGGUUCAAUUGCCAACACUUAUCAUCAGCCUCUUCUGCUGUUCUUGUAAUGAUGUGGUUGGGCUGUGUGAGAGGGGUGUUAGUAGUUGACUGCACAUCCGAAAACACACAACUCUGCACACUGUAUGAAUGUGUGUGUGUGUGUGUGUUUUGAGUGUAUGUGUGAACAGUCUGUCAGCAAGAGGCGUAAAGUGUGUAGAUCUGGAAAUUUGAAGAACACUACAGCUGUGGUUUUCAGUCUGCUUCUCAGAAUGAUCAGCCCAUUGCAAAAUAAAUUGUAUUUGUUAAUGUAUUUAUUUUUAUCAAAGACAGUUGAUUUCUAUAUGCUGACCGCAGAGGCCAGACAUGUUCUGUGUUCUGUCUUAUGGCUGAGUGGCAAAACAUUGUUGCUUUUCAUGUAGUGUGUUAUAUAUAUAUAUUAUUUUUUUUAUUUUAUUUUUUUUCUGAAUGUCAAAUACCCUUUUUCCGAUAACAGUUGAGUGACCAAGUUUAUUUCUGAAAGUACAUUUUAACAGAUAUAAGAAAAAAAAUGGUUUAAACAUUUUAAUUUGUGGCUGGUCUACUUAAAAGGAGAUGAGGUGGAUUAUUUUGUGUGAUUUUUAUUUUUUGUUUAAUUAAUUUUCUCCUCCAUUCCACUGGAUCUUGAUGUAUUUGUAAGAAUGCCCGUUCUCUCCAAAUUAAUAUUAAUGCAUUUCUUCAGAUAAACAGUAGGUGGUGGUGUAACAUAAGGUUAUUUCAUACACUGUAAUUCCCCAGUGACUUUGUUUUAAGAUUUGCUUAAUAGUUUUCACAGAUCUCUGUAAAUGUAAGAUAUGAUGGCUUUUGAUGAGGUAAUAUUAGUUACUCCACCUGUGUUGAGUGUAUGGAGUAUCAAAGCCAGUAGUAUGUCUAAAACCGAAUCGAUGCCACUGAAAUAGAGCUGAGAGAAAUGCAGCAAUAGAACAAUUGGAGGAUCAUUAGUGCCAUAGCCAGUGCUCCAGACAGGUUUACUUCACAUGUAUCCAUGAUCAUCCAUGCAAUAAAAGUUACAGCACAACUAUCCAACAUCAAGCUGGUACAUUUCCUAUUCCACAAAGUCUCUGUUAAAUGCCUUUUCUUUGUUUUGAAAAGUUGCUAUAAAUUUUGUACUUUCCUAAUGUUAAGUGUACUAAAUGUUGUUUGGACAUGUUUUUUUUUUAUAUAUAUAUGCUUUAAUGUCUUGGUAUAGUGCAUUUAACUUAACGCCAGUGACUGAGCCGAGCAAAUGAAUGAUGUUCUAUAGUCAGCUGGUACAGCAGAACGAAACUUAAUGAACACCAUUAUUAAACCGGAAAUUAUUUACUCCAAGACCAAGGGAUGCUUUGUGAAAAAAGUUCCAAUAAUAAUAAUAAUACUGGCGUAAUACUGUUACUUUGUAUUUUUGGAUUUAGGACGAUUGGAGGAUUUUUGACAGAUAUUUUGUUGGUUGCAGCUGCAUUCUACACACUACAGAACAUCUGAUCAUUUUGCAAGUGUUCCUGGUUUAACUUGACCCUGAAAGAGUUAAUAAUCUUAAACCUGCAACUGUACUCUUUGACCUUGAGAGACGCAUCAGGCAGAAGAACUGAGCUGAUUGUGACAUUUACCUGAUCCUCAUCUCUAUUGUCUUUGACAUGCCAAUAUAAUACUUUGCUAUUUA